UCUUUUUCGCUUUUUUUCCUCCAUUGGAUCGACCAGUGGAAGAGCUUCCUCUCGCUCUCUCCAUCGGUUUCUGCAUGAGUUCAGAAGCUGAUCACCUUUUCCUAGAUUUCCUGUGAAAUUCUUUCUCUGAUUUAGUCUCCGAUUUUCUCUCUCAGUCAAGAAAUCUCGAGCUCAACGAGCCAAAAACCAUCGAAAACAGUGGAGUUUGGGCUUAUAUCUCUGAGCGAUUCUCUUGGAUAACCUAAAGGUACAUUUCAGGUAUUGUUCUUAGUGUUGUUCGUAUUCUCACUGAAACUUAGAAGAUUUCAAAGGUCUUUCAGUGAAACGUUAAGUUGAGAAGAUUAAGCAUUGACGAAGGAUUUGGGGUUUGUGGCAGUAUUUCUAGUGUUGUAGAAAUUUUGAAAGCAUAGAUGUAGUAGUUGUAGUCAGAAUUGGAUGGAUCGCGAUGGCUGGUUCGAUCUUCAGCGAUAAUUUUGGGUUUAAGUGCGCGAUUUUGGUUUUGUAUGUGAAUUUUGGGUGGAUUCCAGAGUUCUUGGAUGAGCGAAUGAAUGAAGGGAUUGUUUUGAGAAUGGAUUACUCAUUGAAGCCUCUGGAGUGUCAGAUUGGGCUUGAAAACGUUGUUUCUUGAUGUAUCGAACUGAAAAGAUGACAACAGAUCUUAAUAGGUCGGGCUCUGGGGAAAGAGACGUUGAACAGGCUAUUACUGCUCUUAAGAAAGGAGCAUACUUGCUUAAGUAUGGACGUAGAGGGAAACCUAAGUUCUGUCCCUUCAGGUUGGCAAAUGAUGAGUCUGUUUUAAUUUGGUAUUCUGGAAAGGAGGAGAAGCACCUUAAACUAAGCCAUGUCUCCAGAAUUAUACCGGGCCAGCGUACUGCAAUUUUUCAGAGGUAUCCUCGGCCUGAGAAGGAAUACCAGUCAUUUUCUCUUAUAUAUAGUGAUAGGUCACUGGAUCUGAUUUGCAAAGAUAAAGAUGAAGCUGAGGCCUGGUUUAUUGGUCUAAAAUCAUUAAUUUCACGUAGUCAUCCCUGCAAGUGGAGAACGGAUUCCAGAAGUGAUGGAAUUUCAUCUGAAGCAAAUAGUCCCCGAACUUACACCCGAAGAAGUUCACCUUUGAGCUCUCCAUUUGGUAGCGGUGAUAGUUUCCAAAAGGAUUGUGGAGAUCCUCUUCGUCUUCAUAGUCCAUACGAAAGUCCCCCAAAGAAUGGACUGGAAAAAGCAUUUUCAGAUGUGGUAUUAUAUGCUGUGCCUCCUAAGGGGUUCUUCCCCUCAGAUUCUGCUAGUGGCUCAGUGCAUUCUACGUCGUCAGGAGGCUCAGAAAGCAUGAAUGGACACAUGAAAGGCAUGGGAAUGGAUGCCUUUAGGGUAAGUCUAUCAAGUGCAGUUAGCUCAUCUAGUCAAGGUUCUGGCCAUGAUGAUGGGGAUGCUUUAGGGGAUGUUUUUCUUUGGGGUGAGGGCACUGGAGACGGUGUUCUGGGUGGGGGCACUCAUAGAAUUGGAAGUUCUACUGGUCUUAAAAUGGAUUCAUUUGUGCCAAAAGCCUUGGAAUCUGCUGUAGUUCUUGAUGUUCAAAACAUUGCAUGUGGUGGACGUCAUGCUUCUUUAGUAACUAAACAAGGGGAGUUUUUCUCUUGGGGAGAGGAAUCAGGUGGCCGGCUUGGUCAUGCUGUGGAUUCUGAUGUUGCACACCCCAAGUUAGUUGAUGCUCUUAGCACUACAAACAUUGAGCUUGUAGCAUGUGGGGAGUACCACACAUGUGCUGUGACACUCUCUGGAGACCUGUACACAUGGGGUGAUGGUACUUACAACUUUGGGCUCCUUGGACAUGGAAAUGUGGUUAGUCACUGGGUCCCAAAAAAGGUCAAUGGACCUUUGGAGGGUAUACAUGUGUCGUCCAUCUCCUGUGGACCUUGGCAUACUGCUGUUGUAACCUCUUCUGGGCAGUUGUUUACUUUUGGUGAUGGAACUUUUGGAGUUCUGGGUCAUGGAGACAGGAAAAGUGUGUUAAUUCCCAGGGAGGUGGAAUCUCUCAAGGGAUUGCGCACUGUGCGAGCAGCUUGUGGUGUUUGGCACACUGCUGCAGUUGUAGAGGUCAUGGUUGGGACUUUAAAUUCCAGCAACUGUUCCUCUGGAAAGCUGUUUACAUGGGGAGAUGGAGAUAAAGGUCGACUUGGGCAUGGUGAUAAGGAAUCAAAACUUGUGCCCACAUGUGUUGCAGCUCUGGUUGAACCCAAUUUUUGUCAAGUUUCCUGCGGGCACAGCAUGACGGUUGCACUUACAACCUCUGGCCAUGUCUAUACAAUGGGUAGUCCAGUAUAUGGUCAGCUAGGAAAUCCUCAUGCUGAUGGGAAGCUCCCUACCCAUGUUGAAGGUAAACUUAUAAAGAAUUUUGUGGAGGAGAUAGCUUGUGGUGCUUAUCACGUUGCUGUCUUAACUUCUCGAACUGAAGUUUACACUUGGGGCAAGGGAGCAAAUGGUAGAUUGGGUCAUGGCGAUACAGAUGAUAGGAGUAUCCCAACAUUAGUUGAAGCCUUGAAAGAUAAACAAGUCAAAAGUAUUGCUUGUGGUACCAAUUUUACUGCAGCUAUCUGUCUUCAUAAAUGGGUAUCUGGUGUUGAUCAAUCAAUGUGUUCGGGUUGCCGCCUGCCAUUUAAUUUCAAAAGAAAGCGUCACAAUUGUUAUAAUUGUGGGCUUGUUUUCUGUCACUCAUGUAGCAGUAAAAAGUCCCUUAAAGCUUCUAUGGCACCAAAUCCAAACAAAUCUUAUCGUGUCUGUGAUAACUGCUUCAGUAAGCUGAGAAAAGCCAUUGAGACUGACGCUUCAUCUCACCACUCUAUGAAUAGAAGAGGAAGCAUAAACCAGGGGCUUAAUGAGCUGGCUGAAAAGGAUGAAAGGUUGGAUUCAAGAUCUCAUCCACCGCUGGCUAGAUUUUCUUCCAUGGAUUCCUUUAAGCGAGUAGAUAGGUCUUCCAAGAGAAAUAAGAAACUAGAAGUUAAUGGUAGCCGUGUUUCACCCAUUCCAAAUGGAGGAUCUCAAUGGGGAGCACUUAAUAUUUCUAAAUCUUUCAAUCCUGUCUUUGGAUCGUCUAAAAAGUUCUUCUCAGCUUCUGUUCCUGGAUCAAGAAUUGUUUCCCGAGCAACAUCUCCAAUAUCAAGACGCCCAAGCCCACCUCGUUCUACGACACCGACCCCAACAUUGGCUGGACUCACAUCACCGAAAGUGGUAGUGGAUGAUGCUAAAAGGACAAAUGAUAGCCUCAGCCAAGAAGUUCUUCAACUAAGAGCCCAGGGAUCGAGAUCUCAGUUUCAUACGUUGUUUCAGCCAGGCCCGAAACCGAGACAAAUCGGAUCUCAUUAUGAGGUGGAAAAUCUCACUCAUAAAGCACAACUUCAAGACGUUGAGCUUGAAAGAUUGACGAAACAGCUGAAAGAAGCCAUUGCAAUUGCAGGGGAAGAGACUGCAAAAUGCAAAGCAGCAAAGGAAGUGAUUAAAUCACUGACUGCACAAUUGAAAGACAUGGCUGAAAGGUUACCUGUGGGAGCAGCACGCAACAGCAGACCGCCUUCCUUCAGUUCCAGUCCUGCUUCAGUUGAUGCUUCUGCUGCAUCAAUUGACCGAAUGAGCAGUCCAGCAAUUUCCCAUGAACCAGAUACUAAUGGAGCAAACAGCAUGGUGCUUUCCAAUGGAUCAAGCACCACUAGUAACCGUAAUUCUAGUCACAACAGACUCGGCCAUUCUGAAGCAAUGACCAGGAAUGGGAACAGAACUGAAGGUGAAACUAAUCUGGAGGCUGAAUGGGUUGAGCAAGAUGAGCCUGGUGUGUAUAUUACACUUACAUCCUUACCUGGUGGUCUCAAAGAUCUAAAGCGAGUCCGCUUCAGUCGGAAGCGGUUUAGCGAGAAACAAGCAGAACAAUGGUGGGCGGAGAACAGGGCAAGAGUGUAUGAGCAGUACAAUGUGCGAAUGGUGGACAAGUCCAGCGUUGGUGUUGGAAGUGAGGACUUCUCUCAUUGACAUGAACAAUCUGUAAAUCAAAUUGGUUUUCAGAGUUGGGCUUCAAUCAUGUGGAAGCUCAUUUUGAUCAAUUAGAUAUUGCGUUAUUUCAUCUUCUUAGAGGUUGAAGAAGCAAUGGUGGCAUGACAUAGGUAGAUGAUUAAAGAGGGUUGUUUGAGUGGGGUUUUUUUCUUCUUUUUUUCCUCUUUUUGGGUGGGUUAAAAAUGUGUGUUGAUAGUAGAGUGGGGUUGAGGGUGAGAAAUGUAAAUUCUUAGUAGGUUUGCUGGCUUUGAUUCUAAGCAGCUGCCUUGUAAAUUCAUAAGCGAAUGCAUCUUCAAAGUAUAUUGGUCAAUUAGCAACAUUUGCCGUUUGCAUUAUGUUGCAUGGCCCUUCA